CAUAUCCGUUUCCCAUAUUUACAAAUUAGAAGAAACAAUAAAAUAAAGGUCUUAUAAAGAGUAAACGCAACGACGCUGCUACUGCUAGGGUUUCGUUUUUCUCCUCUCUCCACCGCUUCCUUUCAGAUCUCUCUCUUUCUCUUCUUCUCUUCCCAAGGUUCUUUCGAAAAGAUGUCUCGCGUGUAUGUUGGUAACUUGGAUUCGCGAGUCACCGAGAGGGAUCUCGAGGACGAAUUCCGUGUUUUCGGGGUUAUACGAAGUGUUUGGGUUGCGCGGAGACCACCAGGUUAUGCUUUUAUUGACUUUGAUGACCGGAGAGACGCGCAGGAUGCAAUUCGUGAAUUGGAUGGCAAGAAUGGUUGGAGGGUUGAGCUUUCCCACAAUUCUAGAGGUGGAGGUGGUGGCCGAGGUCGCUCUGGCGGUUCUGAUUUGAAAUGUUAUGAGUGUGGUGAACCUGGUCAUUUUGCUCGUGAAUGUCGCUUGCGUGGUGGUUCUGGAAGACGCCGUAGCCGUAGUCCACCCCGAUUUCGUAGGAGCCCAAGUUAUGGGCGAAGGAGUUAUAGUCCUCGUGGGCGAUCCCCUAGGCGCCGCAGUUUGUCACCUCGUGGACGUAGCUACAGCAGGUCACCUCCUUAUCGUGGGCGAGAGGAGGUUCCAUAUGCUAAUGGAAAUGGCAUUAGGGAACGACGCAGAAGCAGAAGUUGAUUUGGAGAGUUGGUAAUUGUGAUUGUUAAGAGAAUAGUGAGAUUUUGUUAAUGUAGUGGUGCUUAGACUGAAGUAUGAGUAUGUUUUGUUGGGCAAGGCCCUAAGUUUUUACUCUUGGAUUGGAUUAGUUUCUUUGUCUCAGAUUGUGUUGAAUUUACUAGCAGAAUAUUUGUAGUUUCAUUGCAGGUAAUGAAUUCUUUAAGGUCUUUGCUACUAGUUUGUUAAAGACUUAAAAGUGUUCCAGAUCUUUAUACACUACAGUUUAUGAUUUUCUUCAC